UCUUCACUUUCGAAAAAAUAUCUUCCAAAUUGAUGAUGUUAUAUCAGCUGUAGUUGUGCUCCAGGCUUUGAUAAUUCGAUUUUUGCAACUGCAACUGAUAAUAUGCUGUUUUAUCUGCUGGUUUCGCUGGUGUUUGGUCAAUUGCUUUGGCCAACUAUGGGUCAGUUUGUUAACUGCUCUCUGCCGGGCACUGAAUUGGCCAACUGUGGCCAGAUCAGUGCCAAUGGAUGCUGUGCAAAGGGAUGUGUAAGGAAUGCAAUUGGUCGAUGUGUGGAGGAGCAAUGCACGGGGAGCUGGAACGGUUGGCUGAGUCGACCCGUGACCAUGUCCUGUUACUUUCACUGGUUUCUGCUGAUCUUUGCCGCAUUCAUAAUUGUGCUCAUGCUGACCCUGUUGACCUGUAAUUUGGCUUACGAGGUGCGCGAUUGCCUGCGAAAGCGAAGACAGACUCGAUAUGUACACUUUAGUGGCAGCAGCAGCCUAAGCAGCAGUGUCGUUUAACUGGAGGAGGAACUCGGAAUGAAAGUGGAAGUAACAUAUAUGUGGCAGAAAACAUCACUCCAAGAUGUGCUGUUAAUGCACAUGCGUGUGGCAUAAAAACUGUGCGGGAUUUGGCAUAAUCUACAAUACAUUAGCGGUAGCUUUGCUCUGGCUUUCAAUUCAAUUCGUUGGGUAUCUGUACGAAAUCCAUGUAAAUUACGAUUUGGCACCUUGCUCCCGACUUCGGGACGAUGCCAAAGUCUCAGAAUCCCAUUACAUAGUAGUUAAAACCUGAUUAGGAAAUACUUGCGGCUGCUUUCAGCUUUUCAAACACGCUUGGUUAAAAAGAAAUAACAAUAAAUGGGACAUGUGAAAUG